UGACGUCUCAGGCUGGGUUUUUUUCCGGUUUCUUAUUUAACUCACAGUCCAAGAAGAUGGCAACAGGUGGUUCAGCUGACCAGCCAAAUGGCUUAUUUGGAGUUUACAAGCCAGCUGUUCCUGGUUGCUUUGUUUAGCUUCAGUGCUCAGUCAUUUGCAGCUAAAACUGGUUGGAAGUGGAAUCUCCAAGAUGGUGGUGGCAGUAGCAAAAAUGUGAAUUCUGGCCCACAAAGUUUCUCCUCUCCUGUUCAGCCUAGAGCUGUUACUUCAUCUGUGUCCUGGGUGGCUGCUAGACCCCAACGACAGUCUUUGCGGGUGCCUACCUCUGAGACAGAAGGACCUGCCGUUCCUGUACCACCUAAGCCACAAAGCCCUGCUCUCUCCAGGGUCACUGCUCCUGAAAGGCUUCCUGCUCCUCCCAAUCCAGAAGGGCCUGCAGUCCCUUUGGUCACUGCUCCUCCCAAAGAGCUUCCAGCUCCUCCUCUCAAUCCCCAGAUUCCUGCAAUUCCAUGGACAACUUCAUUAUCUGUCCUUCAGAAGCCUACUGACCAAUGGGGAACUGCUACUUCAAUAAACCUGCCUACACUCAAUUCUGGAGGUCCUGUCCAAUGGGGAGCUUCUCCCCUGAGUACUAUCAAAGGGUCUUCUCCUUCCAAUCCAGAAAUGUCCGUUCCUAAAGAGCCUGCUGCCCCUUGGUUCAGUGGUCCCAUCAAAGUGCUUCCUGUUCCUUAUUGGAAUCCACAACUUCCUCCAAUCCCAUGGUUAACUUUCCCUUCGUCAGCUCAAAAAAAGCCUCUUGACCUGUGGGGAACUGCUCAUUCCACAAACUUGCUAACUCUCCAAUCAAAAGGGCCUGUCCCAUGGCAAACUGGUCCCUUAAAUCCCAGAGGGUUUUCUGUCCCACAGGGAAUUACUUCUCCCAAUCCAGGAGGUCCAGUUGUUUCAUUGCCAUUUAAUCCCCUCCAAAAAGGUGUGUCUGUUCCUCAAGGGCUUGCUCUGUCUCAGGUGGUCAACACACAUGACUCCCAAGUCAUGCCAUUGGGCUCAAAUGUUGACACGAUGGGAGAAGACCCUAUGGAAAGUUCAUAUUUCCACUCUGAACCCAGUUAUCAUCCUGUCCAACCAAACUUUCAGGCAGGAGAGCUUUAUAACUUUGAAAGAAAUGUGGAUCAAGGAAACUUAAAUGGCGAAAUGGAGGUGCUGGAUGGUGGGUCACCUUUCAUAUUUCAAGAACCUUUUCACCCUGGUGAGCUCAGUAAUGCUGCAUCCAUCUUUGAACAGGGAAGUUCACAGAAGGAAACGGAAGACCAAAGUUUUGUCCCAAGUUACCCUAAUGCUGAGCUGGAGACUCCAUAUGCAUUAAUGGAUACCAUGCAGCUAGCAUAUCCACAUGCAAGACCAGCUGUACCAGAUCUCUUUUACCAGUUCUUGAUGGGUCGUCUUCCCCAUGGCACAGUGUCUCACACCCAAACUGAGUACAUGACUGGUGGAGAUCGUACAACUAAACAUGGCUAUGAACGAUAUCGCUACCUAACCGAUGACCUUGAUGCCCCCCCUCAAAUUGAAGUGUACACUGAGCAGUAGUUAAAGGUUUACAGGACUUUCCUAUGUGACUUUAAAGAAACUGAGGCUAAAGCAGUUUCAGUAAUUUUUGCAGUUAUCUGUUGUGGUUAAAGUUGUCUGGAUUUUUCAAUAAAAAUUUAAAACAA